UAGUCCAGUUAAGAUGAUGCAUGAAAAAAUUAGUGACAGUGGGCAUAACCUCUUUCUAUUUAAUAUAGGCCGAGAAUCAACUGUUGUAGACAGACGUGUUUCGUCAGAAAUGUGGAGGAAUAGAAGGUUGAUGGCAUCACCUAAUGGGACACAUGAAGAAAAGAACUGUACAGAACCAGCCAUUAAUGAAUUUCCUGAAGAUGUGUUUACAAAUAAGGAACGGCAGCAAGGAGGAAUUCUGCUUCAUAUCAUUGCUGCUCUCUAUAUGUUCUAUGCUUUGGCUAUAGUAUGUGAUGACUUCUUUGUUCCAUCCUUAGAGAAAAUUUGUGAGAAGCUACAUUUGAGUGAAGAUGUUGCUGGAGCCACAUUCAUGGCAGCAGGGAGCUCCACUCCAGAACUGUUUGCAUCUGUUAUAGGUGUAUUUAUCACUCAUGGAGAUGUAGGAGUAGGGACCAUUGUUGGUUCAGCAGUUUUCAACAUCCUCUGCAUUAUUGGUGUCUGUGGAAUGUUCGCAGGACAGGUGGUUUGUCUCACCCAGUGGGCUGUGUUCCGGGACUCUCUGUACUACACGAUAUCUGUGAUCAUACUUAUUGUUUUCAUAUAUGAUGAGGAAAUAGAAUGGUGGGAAAGCCUUGUACUCAUCAUCAUGUAUUCCUUCUACAUACUUAUCAUGAAAUACAAUACGAGGAUGCAAAAUUUCUUCAGCCUUAAAAGCAAGAAUGUUGGAAAUGGUGACACAGUCAACAAUGAGCUGGAAGAUGGUAAUAAAUGUUAUGCCUCUAGUUGUGAUGACCCAUCCAUUCCAUUACUAUGGAAAGUGAAGGGGAUGCAGCAGUAUGGCAAAAACAGUGUUGUGAUGGUGGAUGAGAUCAUCUGCUCCAGCCCCCCUAAAUACCGGUUCCCUGAAGCUGGAUUACGAAUUAUGAUUACAAAUAAGUUUGGACCACGCACCAGAAUGCGGAUGGCAAGCCGACUCAUCAUUAAUGAGCGUCAGCGGUUAAUCCAAUCUGGUAAUGGCUCAAGCAAACCACUUCAGAAUGGGAGACAUGAGAAUAUUGAAAAUGGGAACAUACCUGUGGUGAACCAAGAGGAGGAAAAUGAACAGGACAAUCUAUCUCCCUUUUCAUUGCCAGAUGGAAAAAUGAACAAAAUUAAAUGGAUUUUGACAUGGCCAUUGAUAUUCGUGCUCUUUUGCACCAUUCCAAACUGCAGUAAACCACGCUGGGAAAGGUGUUUUAUGAUGACAUUUGUCUUAUCCACGCUCUGGAUUGCCUUGUUCUCCUACUUCAUGGUGUGGAUGGUGACUGUGAUUGGAUACACCCUUGGGAUACCAGAUGUGAUCAUGGGCAUUACUUUCCUAGCUGCAGGAACAAGCGUCCCAGACUGCAUGGCCAGCUUAAUAGUAGCAAGACAAGGCCUUGGUGACAUGGCCGUAUCCAACACAAUAGGAAGCAAUGUCUUUGACAUUCUGGUGGGCCUUGGCAUUCCAUGGGGUUUGCAGACCAUGGCGAUUGAUUGUGGAUCAACUGUUAAGAUUAACAGCAAAGGACUGGUCUAUUCAGUUGCACUCUUGCUAGGAUCAGUGGCACUUACUGUGUUUGGAAUCCAUGUAAAUAAGUGGAAACUGGACAGGAAAUUAGGCAUCUACGUCUUGUUUCUUUAUGCCAUUUUCCUGUGUUUCUCUAUAUUGAUAGAGUUUAAUGUCUUCACCUUUGUCAACUUCCCCAUGUGCCGAGAAGAACUUGAUGUGGAGGUUCUGCUCAGCGAUGGAAAGGAACUGCUUUCUGUACCAAGGAACUCUAAAGCCACUGUGAAACAAAGUGUCUUGAAGUUUGCUGUAAUGAUGAAAACAUCAGCAGGAGACAAGGGAGCCAGGGAUAACUCAGGCCCAAUCACAGAUACCAAUGAAGAGGGAAAAAAGACACAUCUCUGUCAGGCCACUGCCCUGCAAAACUGCCUCCCACUUCCAGGGAUCAGCAUCCUUGAUAAACUCAUCAAGACCUGUCCCGUCUGGCUUCAGCUGAACAUGAACCAGGAAAGAGCUGGGGCAAUACUUGGCAAAGAAACAGCAGGGAUAUUCUUGGUUAGGAAAGAGGGUAAUGUGAAAAACAUGGUCCUUGCAGUCCGCCUGCCCCUGCAGAAUGAGGCUCCUGGUGUGGUAGAGUACAACAUUAAAGAAGAAAAAUCAAUCUUGUACCUGGAAGGAUCUGUCCUUGUAUUUGAGGAUAUCUUCAAACUGGUUGCCUUCUACUGUGUCAGUAGGGAUUUGCUGCCCUUCACCCUGAAGCUGCCACAAGCAAUAUUAGAAGCCAGUAACUUUCAAGACCUUGAAAUUAUCUCUAGUCUGGGGAUAGAUUUCUGGGAUUCCUCCUUAAAUCACAGAAGGAGAGAGGAUUUAUUCCACCCUGCAAAAGACUCUGCUUUCAGUACUGCCCAGGCAGACAGUUUAAGAUCUACCCAGUGUUUUGCAAGUAGCACAAACCACUGCUCAUGUGAAAUUGAGCUGUCAAUAGGAAAUGACAGGCUGUGGUUCGUGAAUCCUAUUUUUAUAGAAGAGUGCAGUAAUCCUUUUCCUCCAGAUGUACCUCCUCCUAAGAGCCAUGCUGUGAGCGCCGAUCACCCCUCUGCCACCACUCUCGCUGAAAGGAGGUCUCCCUGCCGCCCACCUCCACCUCCACCUCCUCAUGCUCUAGUUCAAAAAUCUUCUCUGAAGCUCCUGCAGGAUCCCAUGACUGCCUGUGAAAACGAGCUGCUUCUUCAGCCACUAGGAAAGAGCAUCAAGGAAAUGAAAAUUAAGGGUGGUGACAAUAAAGAAGAAGAAGGAAAGCAGAGCUGCUCAGUCAAUGAGCCCUCAGCAGUGAGCCCCAAAAAGGGCUUCCAGCCAUCUGUCCCCCCACGGAGGCGGCUGUGUGAGAGGACCUCGGAGGAGAGCUGUGUGGGUAAGCCUGGAAGUUGUGAAACGCUGAAAGGGGAACGGACAGAAGAAAAACAAGACACAAGUACAGAGAGCAGAGAUAAAAGGUCGCCGUGCAAAAAAGCUGUAGAAAUGCCUGGGGAGGUUCCUGACAGGGCUAUAUCACAGUUUCAGGAGACAAAGCCCGAACCUUCAGAGAAGACAGGGGACAUGCCUGAGAUACAAAGCAAUGCCAUUGAGAAAGGAAAGUCACCUCCUAUCCCACCACCGAGGAGGAAGAGACUCUCCCAGGUUCCAAGGAUCCCCAGCUCCUGCCAGUCAAAGCAAAGAACAGUGGCAGAGACAGCUGCAGCCACGGCACAGGCUUUGUGCAAGAGCAGCUCAUCUACAGUGGCAAGUGGUGCCACUUGCACACAUACCAAGACUGAACCGGGACGUAGCUGCAAAUCUGUCAGCUCAGUCGAACUGAAAGGUUCACACUCCUCCCUGGAGGGCCCGGGAGGCAGUGCCGUGGCUCAGGCAUCAGCAUCCGAGCCAGACUCCUACUCCACCAGCAGCACAGAGGAUGACCUGGACAUGCUGAGUAGCUCAUCCGAUAAAAAGACACGCUCCAUGAUCUUGGGCAAGGCCAAGAACAGGCUGUCCUUUGUGAGCCUGUCCAAUGUCUUCACAGUGUUUUUGUCUAGUGACAGGAAACUGCAGAAGAAGAUAGUGGAGCUGGCACAGGACAAGGAUUCAUACUUUGGCAACCUGGUGCAGGACUACAGAGUGUACAGUUUAGAGAUGAUGGCAAAGCAGAGCUCCAGCACAGAGAUGCUACAAGAAAUCCGGAUGAUGAUGACACAACUGAAGAGUUACUUAGUGCAGAGCACCGAGUUGAAAUCUCUGAUAGAUCCAGCCUCCUACACUGAGGAACAGUUAGAAGUCAUUGCUGAGACAGCUUUGUACAAAUGUGUCCUGAAACCUUUAAAAGAAGCCAUUGAUUCUUACUUGAAGGAAAUCCACAACAAAGACAGAUCUUUACAGCAGCUAAAAGAGAACCAACUUGUGAUACAAAACACAACUACCACUGACCUAGGCAUCACGACCAGUGUGCCUGAAACCGUUGUGCUAGAAAAGAUACUUCACAAGUUCACAACCAUGCACAAGGCCUACUCCCCAGAAAAGAAGAUUGCCAUCUUGCUGAAGUCCUGCAAACUCAUCUAUGACUCCAUGGCUCAGGGAAACCCAGGGAAACCAUACGGUGCAGAUGACUUCCUUCCCGUGCUCAUGUAUGUGUUGGCCCGCAGCAACUUGACUGAAGUCCUUCUGAAUGUGGAGUAUAUGAUGGAGCUCAUGGACCCUGCUCUGCAGCUAGGGGAAGGCUCUUAUUAUUUAACCACCACCUAUGGGGCCCUGGAGCACAUCAAGAACUACGACAAAAUCACUGUCACACGGCAGCUGAGCAUGGAGGUGCAGGACUCCAUUCACCGCUGGGAGCGACGGAGGACACUGAACAAGGCCCAGGCUUCCCGCUCAUCAGUGCAGGAUUUCAUCUCUAUCUGUUUUCUGGAAAUCGGUGCUCAGUCAAGGACACUUGCUUCCCGGAAGGACACCACAGCUGAGCAGCUGAGCCAGCAGUGUGCUGAAAAGUUUGAAGUCUCCCAUCCCAAGGACUAUGGACUCUUUGUUUAUGUUGAUGACCAGUGGCUGCAGCUGGACAAAGAUGCCCUUCCUCACCAUAUCAAAGCCUCCCUGCUGAAGAGUGAAACCAAGAAAGAUUUCUAUUUUAUUUAUAAACCAAUAGACCAUAAAACCCCACCAGUUACAAUUGUCAAAGAGUCAGACUUUCCCUAAGGGUUGAGCUGCUCUUGUGUUUGCUGUCAUCCUGGAAGGGCUGGAUAGCUUAUCUCAUGAGAUCCUCUGAUAUCUGCAGAUCGCAGAAUGUCUCUGGAGCAUGACCUUCGACACAAGGCAGAUGUGCUAAUUGUAGAUGCUGUCUGAAUACGGGGCAUUUUUCAGCAGAGUUGAUUUGCAGAAAUAAAGGGAGCAUUCAGGAGAACAUUUAUCCUCUGGAAAACUUGAAGUAUCAAACCUCAGAACCUCCCACUAGCAACCAGCUGAUGUCACAGAAUGCAAAUGUACAAUGGAGAAAAUCCAGAGAUCUUGCAGAAAAGUGGACAUUUACCCCAUAAUAAAUUAUGGCAGGUGUGAGUCACCUCUGUGCAUGAGGCCUGUGAAAGGUCUACACACACCUGUCUGUCUGGAGGUAAGACUGCAUUUAGGCCUUACAGUAUCCAUUCACCCAGUUUGAAUAAUCUGAGUCUUGUCUGAUGUAUUCAGUGGAAUAGGGUUGCCACCUGUAGCAGAACUCCAUCUCUUUUUUUUCUGUCUACAACAUGUCGUUGCCUUUGAAAUCCAUGUAAUUACAGAUCAUGCAAGAUGAUCCUGUAUAUUCACUAAGAAUAGAUUUUCUGCCAUGUAUUUGUCACUGAAAUCAGGUAGCAUAGGCAUUUUCAUCAAUGUACUUUUCUUAAAGAUUGAAAGACUUCACCAUCAGUUUUACAUGUACAGCAGUUUUAAUCACAUUGGUUGUAUGAUAGUGUCUGGUUAAUUGUAUAUUUAUUUCCAUGUGUGAUAUGGUGCAAUUAUUUUAAAAUAAACAUUUGUAA